AUGACGAAUAGAAAUGUAGCGAAUGAGACAUCAUCUAUACACAAUCAACCCUCUGUUGAGAAAGUAGAUAUUAGACAUGUGGAAACAAACAACUUGGAUGCGGAUGCUCAACGGUUGCAAGAUCUCGGGUACAAGCAAGAAUUCAAACGUGAGAUCAGCCUGUUUGUUCAAUUUGGGUUUGCUUUUUCAACGAUGGCGGUGCUGCCUAGUUGGAUGGUAACAUUCGGUCCCUGUUUGAGUGCUGGAGGUCCUGCAGCUUUAUUUUGGGGUUGGCUUAUUGUGUCAACCUUUGUGAUGUGUAUCGCACUGUCUAUGGCCGAAGUCAUCUCAGCAUUUCCUUUAGCAGGAGGUGUUUAUUCGUGGUCGCUCAUGCUGAGUGAUAAGAAAUGGGCACCUUUCAUGGCUUGGAUCAAUGGAUAUGCGUAUCUCACAGGCUUGAUCGCAGUGGUAAUGACAUUAGCCUACACAGCAGGUGACUUUAUCUAUGCGAUCGCAAAUACUUUGAACGAAAAUCAGAUCAGUUCACAAGGGGCAUCUGUUGGCCUUUAUAUAGGACUCGUAAUAGCAGGCACCUUAUACAAUAUUUUGGGCCUGAGGUUCAGUGCAUACUUGAACCAAUUUAUGGUUGUUUGGGUGCUGAUUGGAACACUGAUUGUUAUCAUCACCGUUCCUGCUAUGGCUCCCACUCAUAACACUGCUAAAUGGGUUUUCACCAACUUUGUAAACAAGACUGGAUAUGAGAGUGAUGGCUUGGUCUUUUUGAUUGGUUUGUUAGCAUCUGGAUGGGCUCUAGUUGGAUACGAAUGUGGUGCACAGAUUGUCGAAGGCACAAGAAAUGCUGCAACUACUGCUCCUAGAGGUAUCGUCAUCUGCGUGAUAGGUGCUGUCUUGCAAGGUUUUGCCUUGAUCAUUUCUACCUUAUUCUCCAUCCAAGACAUUGAUGAGCUGUUGAACUCUGACAUGCCAGUUGCUACCUUUUUUCUGAGAGCUACCAACAGCCCUGCUAUCACAGCCUUCUUUUUGGUCAUCUUGCUAGUUGCUCAAAUCGGAUCCCUUUGCAAUUCAAUUCUUGCUGCUGGCAAUUUCAUGUGGAGUUUAUCCCGUGAUGGUGUAUUGCCUUACUCUAAGUUUCUGUACAAUAUCUCUGGCGACCGCAGUAUUCCCAUCAAUUGUCUUUUGGUGCAACUUGUCAUCUGUAUCUUGGUUAUUUUGCCUUCAUUUGGCUCUGUGGUUUAUUGGCAGGCUAUUAUGAGUGCUGCUGUCAUUUCAAUUAACGUAUCCUACGGUUUACCUUUGCUCUGUCGUCUUAUUUGGGUCCGAAAUGAUAUGCCAAAAGGCCCUUUCCAUUUGGGCAAGUUUGGAUUACCUCUCAACUUUAUCAGUGUUAUCUGGGCAAGCUUCUUUGCUGUGAUUCUUUGCAUUCCAUCGGCCUCACCUGUAAAUCCUGAAAAUAUGAACUGGUCUUCCCUAAUGAUCGGUGCUGUCAUGUGCUUCUCCAUCUUUUUCUGGUUUAUUUCUGGUAGACAUACCUUCAAAGGUGUCGUUCAAUCAACAGAUUGA